AAACCAAAAAAGUUUUAAAUUAAAGUGUUUUUUUUUUUCUUUUAAUAAAACAAGAAAAUUAUUAAUAUUUAAAAGUGUCUAACUAACAACUUAUUUUGCUGUUGUAAAAUUUGAUUAUUUUUUCUUUGCUGACAAUUGUAUGAGUGGAUUAUAUUUCUAACAAAAUGAUUUCUCGACAUCGGAAAUGUAGGUUUAUAACUCUGACACUACUCGUCUCGCUAUUCUGCUUAACACCUCACACUGCACUUAGUUUGGCACCUGCACCUGUAGAUUAUUUAGUGCCACCACCACUGCCACAAGCCAAUGCAGCAACACAUGUAAAACAAGCACGAACACAAAAUAUACUGCCAGCAGAAAGUAGAACAAUACCAAAGUUUAUAAAUCCUCAGUUGCCAGUAAAACCUAACGAUAAACAUCCUGGUUUAAUGACAAGAGUUGCCAGAUGGUUUGGUUUUGCCAAUCAAAAUACAGCAGCGACAGAUCAACAAUUAGCUGCCGGAACAAAUAAACAACAAUUUUAUUAUUAUCAAAAACCUCAGCAGCAACAGCAAUAUGGUUCGGGUGAUAAGGAGCCGUGUAGUUUAUGCAAUAAAUAUCCAUGGGUACCCAUGAUGGCAAAUAGUAUUCAUUAUCCGAUCACGGGCAACCAAUGGGAUGCUGCUAAACAAAGUCAACAGCAGCAACAUCAUGGCAAUUAUAACCCUCCACAAAAUCUGUAUAAUGGUCAACAGCCUCAGAAUUUACAGAACACAUAUGGUGCAAUAGCUGGUCAGAAUCCAUCUUAUAUACAACAUGCUGCCUCGAGUGUCAAACAAAGAGCUGUUAAAUUUAAUUUUCCUCUUCCCUAUGUACCUCAAAAUAACAAUAAAGUCCCAGAUUCUCCCAACAAUAUACAAUAUUCUUCCGGACCUUUCCUUCCAAUACCUAUACCUCCCCUUUUAAGUAAUUCCGCUUUACCACCUUUAUAUGUUGCUCAAAAUUUCCUACCUGAAGUUACUCCCGCUCCCAAUACUAUACAGCAAUUACCCUCCACAGAACCGGCUCAUUUUGCCGAAAAUAUAGCAGAACAUUCAGAAAUCCAUAUAGACACUGCAAUACCCACUCAAAUACCACCCACUAUUCCGAAUAAAGAUGCCAGUUUUGAGAUAGUUAAAAGUCAUCAAUUGGUGGAUUAUAUAUCCUCAGUGGAGUACCCUGCUAACUAUGUUCCUUCUCAUGCAUAUGACGUCAGUACCCAGGCAACACCACUGCCUUUAAAUAACCAGCAAACGGAUAAGAAAAUAAAUACUGGACUUUAUCAACAUUCUACUUUUAGUCCAAAUUUAGAUCAACAUGUGCCAGCCUCUCAGAUUUUAACAGAUCCCAGUAGCUUUAUACAAGGUCAACAACAGCAGUCUAACCAACAAUCUGAACAAACCACUUUCAUUAAUCAGCAGCCUCAAUAUUUGGAACAAGUACAACAUUAUGAAUAUGACAAUUUUGUGGCCGCCUCACAUCAAAAUUCCUCGGUUGUUCACCAGCAACAACAGCAGCAUGAACAACAACAGCAACAUAAUACACAUUUAGAUGCUUGGACCUUGGAAUCGAAUGAUUAUAUUUUCUCAACCUCAUCCCCAGAAGCAUUUUCUACCACUGAAGAAACUUCUACUUUUACUAGCGAAUGGGAAAGCACUACAGAGCAACAAACACAAGAUAAUGAAGUAGAGUUCAUAGCUUCUGUACAAACAAAUGCCCAACAAUCAACGAAAUUGUGGCCCCAAAAACCUAAACAAAGAGAAACUCCCAAACGUUUAUUGGACUCUCCCAUACAACAUAAUAAUGGAAAUUUGGGAGCGCCCAGGCCUUUUACCAGAGAUCCUUCUGAUUUGACAUUUAGACUGGGUCCCACUAAUCAUAAGUUGCCAGAGUCUAGUAAAACUACCACUUUCCAACAGUACUGGAAACCCCAAACUCCAGUAACAGAAGCUCCUAUUUCAACCUCCACUUUUAGCUCUAUAGAUGCUAGUGGUCAGUAUGCCGGCAUGGCACCACCCUCACUACCCUCCACAUAUAAUAGUGAUCAAAUAUUAUUGCCACAUUUAACCACUAAAAAUAGACCUAGACCAUUUGAAACUACCAAGGUUAAUAUGGUAACUAAAACACCCUCCACGGCUGCUUACUCUACCUGGAGCCAAGCUCAAAAUAUAGAGCUACACACACCUCAGGAAUCAAUGUUAGUAAACUCUCAUGUAAAACCAGCCUUUACCACAACUACAACUACUGUUAAGCCUCGUACCACUAAAUAUUUAACCAAAAUUUUGGCUUCCAAUCUUAGAGAACUUUUGCAGCGCGAACAUGAACCCACCAAUACCAAAUUGAAAGUGGGACCAAAUGCUUUAGAUAUCGAUAUUAAUAAACUACAAAAGAAUAUAGACGAUUGGACAGAACAAGAAUAUACCUCUUUGUCACAUAAACCCAGUACACCCACCAUACGAGGACGUUCUAAACAUAUACCCUCAGAAUAUUUACCCACCACCAUGGCAGCAGUAAAGGCAGGCCGGCAAUCUAAGACCACAAAAGGCUUUACAGACAAUUCGGAAUUACCUAGUUCCAUCAAUAAUUUAGAACCUUUAUACGAAAGAGAAAGCACAAAACGUUUCCAAUACACCCAAAUAACCGAUAAUCAUUUAAGAGAUUUCUAUAACAAUUUUGAGUCAUUAAAAUCGAGAACAACACCAGCUGCCACCACUAGCACAACUAUGGCUCCUCCUACUACUACUACAACUGUAGCUACAACGACGACGUCAACUACUUCUACUACUACAACAGAGAAACCUUUUUAUUUAAGACCUAUACAAAUGUUAGAACCAGAAGAACUUUGGAAAAAGGCCAAAGUUUCGAUAUCACCUAAAACACAGGAAAAAGUCUAUGUGGUAACACCUCAGCCUAGAUUUUUCCCUCAACGUUUUUAUUCGCCAACAGUGGCGCCAACUACUACAACCACAACUACAGAAAGAUCGUUUAUAAGUUUAGGCAGUGGUUUUAAAUCACCAAGAUUUUUAGUGAGGCCAACACCAGGAAAUGCUCAUAAACUUUCAAAAAUUUCAGAUACCCAAUCGAAAGAAAAUUCCAAGGAAAAUCUAAGUAAUUCAUAUUUUACGCCUGAGUGGUUUGGUUUAAAGGGCCUGUCAGCGUAUGUACCAUCACAACCGGUGGAAAUUAUAGAUGGAAAUUCUAAAGUCUUAAACAUUGUAACACCGCCUAGUAAUUUGGAAACUACUACGCGCCAUAGUAUAAUGGAUCUAACCAAAGAUCGUCAUGCGUCCGCCAACAAGAGAAAAUCAACAAUGGCUCCAUCGCCUAGAUAAAAAAACAAAAGUCCUUGAUAUUGCUUAUCUUUACCCUAUUUUCAUAUCCAUUGUAUUAUAAAUCAUCUUGUAAGAAAUUUACAUAUUUUCACUUUUUUUCAAUAUUUAAUUUUCAAACGGAUUUAAGUAUCAUUAGCCAAUAUAUAUAGAAAUACUUAUGUAUGUAUUUAUUUUGCAAACAAAAAAAUGUUAAAUCUUUUAUUUAAGAUUUAAACAUUUUAUUUUUCUGUUUUAAGCUUUUUA